CGUCACCUUCUCCCAGGCCACAGUAUAAGGAGUAGCGGCAGGGAGGAGGACUCUGGGAAGGCAGGGGAGUCUGGGAAAGGAGAGAGAAGGCUGCGGACUUAGAGGAACGGGGAGUGAGUCAGGAGGAAGAACACAGAGAAAGGCACACGCAGACACGGGGGUAGAGGAAGGACAAAGAGAAGAAAACUUGGGUCAGAAGAAAAUAGGAGGGAAAGGAGUGAGGCAGAGAUGAAGUCACAGGGCUCCCUGGCCUGCCUCCUGCUGGCCCUGUGCCUGGGCAGUGGGGAGGCUGGCCCACUGCUGCGAGGAGGGGAGAGGGCUGCAGCAGGUGCUGGGGAUGCCUUGGGACAUGGGGUAGGACAUGCCAUUGGACAAGGGGUGGGAGAUGCUAUUAGCCAUGGAGUCGAAGAGGCUGUUGGCCAAGGGGCUGGAGAGGCAGCUGGCUCUGUAGCCAGAGAAGUCAUGGGUCAUGGCAUGGGGGAGGCAGCCCGUGCCCUUGGAAAUACUGGGGGCGAGGCUGGCAGACAGGCUGAGAACAUCAUUCGACGUGGAGAAGAUGCUCUCCACAGCUCCUGGCAGGGGAUGCCUGGCAGCAACAGUGCUUGGGGAACCGGCGGCCAGCCUCCAUCCGGAGGCCAUGGCAUCUUUGGCUCCCAGGGUGGCUCUGGAGUCCACAGCCAAGGCAAUUCUGGAGGUCCAGGGACUCCCUGGGGCCAGGGGUAUCCCAGAGGUCCAGAUGGCAGCUUUGGAACCCACUCUCAGGGAGGCUCCUGGGGCCAAGGAGGCAACGGAGGGUCUUUCAGCUCAGGCACCAACGCUCAGGGGACUGUGGUCCAACCUGGUUAUGGGUCAGUGAGAGGCAGCAACUCACAUACAGAGUGCACCAACCCCCCACCAUCCGGCUCAGGCGGAAGCUCUAGCAACUUCGGGGGAGGCAGUGGUGGCAGCAGUGGCAGUGACAGUGGCAGCGGCAGCGGUGGCAGCGGUGGAGGCAAUGGCCAUGGUGGCAGCAGUGGCAGUGGUAGCAGCGGCAGCGGUGGCAGCAACAGCGGCGGCAGCGGUGGCAGCAACAGCGGUGGCGGCAGCAGCGGUGGCAGCAACAGCGGCGGCAGCAGUUAUGGACCCAGCUGGGACCGUCCCUUAGAAAAUUCUAGGAAUUUUCAAAGCGGCUCCUCGGGUUCACAGGGAUACAAUACCGGCUCUUCCUGGGGUAGCAGUGGUGGCGGAAGUGGCAGUGGAAAUAAACCUGGGUGUGACAACCCAGGGAAUGAAGUCCGCAUAUCCGGAGGAUCUGGGGGUCAGGGCUUUGGAGGACAGGGAGGUUCCGGCGGCUAUGGCGACAUCAGGGAAAUAAGCAAAGAGGGCAGUCGUCUAGUUGGGGGUCCCCAAGACAAUUAUCAGUGGCAAGGGCCCAGCGGAAGAGGUGAAGCUGUCAGUGGGAUCAAUACCUUGAACUCUCAGACAUCUCCUGGGAUCUUCAAUUUUGACACUUUCUGGAAGAAUUUUAAAUCCAAGCUGGGUUUCAUUAACUGGGAUGCCAUAAACAAGGGCCAAGUCCCACGCCCCAGCACACGCGCCCUGCUCUACUUCAGCCGACUCUGGGAGGAUUUCAAACACAACACCCCUUUCCUGAACUGGAAAGCCAUUAUUGAGGGUGCCGAUGCAUCGCUCCAGAAGAGGUCGGGCGGUGCCGGUCAGUCUGGCGGAGGAUGGCAAGAAGUGGCCGCUGUGACUUCUAAGAAUACCUAUAACCAGCAGGCAUACCCUACUUCUUCUGGUGGGCAGUACUCAGCCAAGAUCCCCUCUAAGGGGAUAACCACGCCUUCUUCCUCGGCUUCCCGGGUGCGCCCUGGCCUGCUGCAGUGGGUGAAGUUCUGGUAGAAAAUUACUUCCAAUCAGGACCGAUGCCCUGAACAUCAGCUGUCAAGGAGACCAUCUGUGCCCUGCCCCCAACUCUCUCCCUGUGUCAGACCUGGCCUGGGUGCUGACACCUGCUUUUUCUAGGUUGGGGACUUGGUCUGUCUGUCCCUCGUUUCUUCUAACUGUGAGGUCUCCUUGUCCAGCAACCUCAUCGGAUAAACCUGCCACUUUGUUCACCUACUCCGUUUUGUGACCUCAAGUCACUGUAACAAUUCUUCAGGAGAAGCUUCCUACUUUUGAGUUUCUUUGUGGAAAUAAAAUAUGAAUCUUGUUUCCUUACAA